ACAUUCAUUCAUAAACCAUAAACGAGAACACCAUCCCAAAUGGCAGAAGAAGUGAAGCUGAUUGGUUGCUGGGCUAGUCCUUUCACUCGCAGAAUAGAGCUAGCACUGAAACUAAAAGGGAUCAAGUAUGAAUACAUAGAGGAAGACCUCUCCAAUAAGAGUCCUUUGCUCCUUCACUAUAACCCAGUUCAUAAAAAAGUUCCUGUCCUCGUUCACAAUGGAAAACCAAUUGCAGAAUCUCUUGUCAUUCUUGAGUAUAUUGACGAGACCUGGACACACCACCCUUUCCUGCCUAAAGAACCUUAUCACAGAGCCACAGCUCGUUUCUGGGCAAAAUUCAUAGAUGAAAAGAUCUUUCAAACAGUAAUCAAGCUUCGUUCUGCGAUAGCAGAGGAGAAGGAGCAGUUGCUUGAAGAAUUUCAUCACCACCUCAAGUUACUGGAGAACGAGCUGGAAAUAAAGAAAAGGGAAUUCUUUGGAGGAUUGGCAAUUGGGUACCUAGACAUUGUGGCCUUUUUUGUAGGCCAUUGGUUUGAAGUAAGCCAAGAAGUUCUGGAAAUAGACCUGAUCACUGAAGAGAAACAUCCUCAUUUGUCCAAAUGGAUAGCAAAGCUUCGAAAGAAUGAUGUGGUCCAUGGAUGCCUGCCUCCAAAAGAAAAACAUAUUGCUUUUAUCAAAGCAAAAAUUGAAGCUGUCAAGUUUACUUCCAAAUAAUUAGAACCUGCUUCGUGGUUUUAUAUAUAUUUCUGGUACUUUAUGUAAUUUUCAAUAACUUUCUUUCUUUUGUUUUCUUUUUCCUGUUUUCUAUGUCGUUAUGCUAUAUCUUGUGCUAUGUUUCCUUGUGCUGGUUGUCUUCUGUGUGAUAAAUAAAAGCUUUGGUUUGUUUAAAUAGAUAACAAAGUUUCCAUGUA